CGUAAAUAUUGGAGAAAAAACUGAGUGCAAACUAUCAAUCCACAGGUUCCCAUAAAUAUAUUGCAAACCCUCUUUUCACUCUUGCCUCUUUUCUUUAUUUUUUCUUUUCCAUUUUCAAACAACCCUCGUGUGAUUUUGGGUCGCCGCCAUGCCACUGCUGAGCCACCUGACAGUAGCGACGCGGCCGCUUGUUUCGCUGAGCCGAGCCUAUGGAUCAGCGGCUGCGGUUCAGCUGGACUAUGAUUACUACUAUUGUGAUAAUGAAAAGGAACAACGGGGGAACGGGAAGCGGAGGGCAAUGGAAGAAUUGGAAGAGGGGUGGGAUAGAGUGGCGAGGGGGGUGCAGUGGGUCAUUAUUGGUGAUCCAGUCGCGAGGAGACACGUGUACGCUGAAAGGCUUUCCAAACUUUUGGAUGUUCCGCAUAUUUCCAUGGGAACACUUGUUCGUCAAGAAAUGCAUCCUCACUCCUCUCUUUACAAACAGAUUUCAAGUGCCGUAAACCAAGGGAAACUAGUACCUGAGGAGGAUGUAAUUUUUGGGUUGUUGUCGAAGAGACUGGAGGAAGGGCACUGCAGGGGUGAAACCGGCUUUAUUUUGGAUGGCGUACCUCGAACGAGAAUUCAGGCUGAAAUCCUGGACCGAAUUACAGAUAUAGACUUGGUGCUAAAUCUUAAAUGCACGGAAGAUUUGGUAAUGAAAAAUCAAGGCAAUGGAAUUUAUUCUCCUUCUCAAGAUUUUCACUGCAUGGCCGGAUCAAGAUUCAAUUUAAGUCUUCAGCCCAGUGCUGACAAAGUUUCUGCCUGGAAGGAAAAGCUCCUUGCGUAUGCAGAGCAGAGAAUGCCCGUAGAAGAAUACUAUAAGAAGCAGAAGAAGCUUCUCGAAUUUCAAGUGGCUGGAGCACCGGGGGACACUUGGAAAGGUCUGUUGGCUGCAUUGCAUCUGCGGCACAUGAAUGCUCUCUGUUCUUCUCUCAAUUCAUCACAGAAGUUUGCUGCAUGAUUUUGAUCCAUUCGAGUUCUGAUUUUCAUUCGAGUGGUAGUAAAUACAAAGAAAAUAUGGAUGUAGGAGAGUUAGUUGGAGUUUUGUAGUAAGUACAUCUAUUUUUUGGCCAGACGAAAGGUUUAGUUUUUGUUCGUUUAGCAUGUUCCAGUGAAAUGAGUGUAAUAUCCAAAUUCUCUCUUCUUCGCUUU